GUAUCUUUUUUUUUAGGCAAGUUUUACUCGACUUCUUCUUCUUCUUCUUCUUCUAUUUAGGCAAGUUUUUACAAUUGUCCCAGUUUCAAUUCCGAAUUUAAAUCCCAAAUUCGAUUCUGAUUCAACUUUAAAGUAAUCUGUUUUAUGAUUUUGAAUUACAUUAUCUGAUUUUGUCGAUUGGGAACUGUGUGGUUUGUUCGAAGAAAUCAACAGUUUUUAUCAUGGAAGAUUCCGAACCCAAAUCCGCUGAAAACAACCAACAAACUGAACAAGUGUGUAGUUUUUUCCGAAAAGCAGUGAAUAAGAAGAACAUAAGGAAGCGAAGUAUUGAUAGUUAUGAGGAUGAUUCGAAUAAUGAAGAAUCUUUGAUGCAUGUUCAGAAAAAGAAUACGAAGACUUGUAAUAAGCUGUUCUUUUCCUCUGCAUCUACUGAACAGAAGAAGGAAGAAUCUGAGAAACAUGGGUUUCAUUUUGAGUCAUCCAAAGAGAUUCAAGUUCAACAUGACAGCAAAGCAACAGCAACUCUAGAGACUGAGACUGAUUUUUCAAAUGAUGCUCAUGCUAGGCGUGAAAGAGCUCUUAAGCAAGCAUCGGAGACUCUUAAGGGAAAGGGAACUGGCUCCGAGGAUGGAAAAUUAUACAAGGGAAUGAAUAAUUACACAGAUCAUAAAGCUGGAUUUCGGAGAGAGCACACAAUUUCUGCUGAAAAGGCUGGCGGGUCACACGGUCCUCUUAGGGCUUCAGCUCAUAUAAGAGUGUCUUCUAAGUUUGAUUAUCAGCCUGAUAUAUGCAAGGAUUAUAAAGAGACUGGGUACUGUGGUUACGGUGAUUCGUGUAAGUUUAUGCAUGAUCGAGGGGAUUACAAGUCUGGGUGGCAGAUGGACAAGGAAUGGGAACAAGCUCGGAAAUCAAAGGUACAACCUUAAUUGAACCAUGAUCGGUAGAAUUCAACGGUUCAAUCCCCAAUCCAUUUUCAAUGCAGUGAUAAUUCUGACAAGAUGAGGAGUUCAAAAGUAUACAACAAGAAACAUACACAUUUAUUCCAAUGCGAAGAUCAAAGUAGUCAAAACAGUAAGAAAAAAUUUCAGGAUACAAUGAAGAGUGAUAAUUUUGUGAUAAGGGAGGUUCCAACUUCCGAUAAAGAAAUUGUUCAAUCUUUAUUCAGAUUCUAUUGCUUUCCGAUAAAGAAAUUGUGUUCUUUUGACUUA